AUGGCCCAGUUAGAAGAUUCUGAAUUGGUUAAAACUCGAGAAGAUGUCUUAGCAGAAAUUGUUCGUCUUCAUGGAGUACCGAAGUCAAUCAUUUCAGAUAGAGACCCUAAAUUUACAUCAAAGUUUUGGAUGAGUUUGCAAAAAGCUAUGGGAACUAAUCUGAAAUUUAGCACAGCCUUUCAUCCUCAAACAGAUGGGCAAUCUGAACGAACCAUUCAAAUACUUGAAGAUUUGUUACAAGCUUGUGUCAUGGAUUUUGGAGGGUCAUGGAGUAAGCAGAAAAGUUAUGCAGAUCCCAAGCGACGGGAUGUUACAUUCCAACCUGGUGAUCAUGUCUUUCUACGAGUAUCCCCAAUGAAAGGAAUCAGACGUUUUGGGAAGAAAGGCAAGUUGAGCUCUAGGUUUAUUGGACCUUUUGAAAUCCUGGAAAAGGUUGGGCAAGUAGCUUAUCGAUUGGCUUUACCUCCAUCAUUGUCAGCUGUGCAUAAUGUAUUUCAUGUUUCCAUGCUGAGGAAGUAUGUAUCUGAUCCAAUGCACGUGUUGAGUUAUGAAGCCUUGGAAUUGCAACCUGACUUAUCAUAUGAUGAACAACCAGUGCAAAUUCUGGAUAGGAAGGAAAAGGUCCUUCGAACUAAAACCAUAUCGUUGGUUAAAGUACUCUCGAGGAAUAGCAAAGUGGAAGAAGCCACUUGGGAACUAGAAUCUGAUAUGAAGACUCAGCAUCUUGAAUUGUUUAGGUAG